AAGCAAAGGGCUGGUUCCAGGAGCUGGACCUGAGCACGGAAGCCUUCUUCUACUUUGACUCAAACAAAGAGCAAGAAUGGCUGACGGCCGUGGAGAAGGCCUUGCACCAGAAAGCCAAGUACAGGAAAGUCCAGCUCGUCCGUCUGGUUGGCAUGAUGCUGCUGAUCUUUGCCAGGAAGGAGCAGAUCGACUUCAUCAAAGACGUGGUGGCAGAGACGGUUGGCACCGGGAUCAUGGGCAAGAUGGUAGCAGAAGGUAUCCAGGGAAGGAGCAUCAUGGAAGAUACGUAUCUAAUUGUCAUCUGGCUGGGAGAUCUGAACUACAGGCUUUGCCUCCCUGACGCCAACGACGUAAAAAGUCUAAUCAGUAAAAACGAGCUCCAGAAACUGCUCACGUUUGACCAGCUGAAUAUUCAGCGUACCCAAAAAGCAGCUUUUGCCGAUUUCACAGAAGGCGAAAUCAAGUUCAUCCCCACGUACAAAUACGACUCUAAAACAGAUCGCUGGGAUUCCAGUGGAAAAUGUCGUGUGCCCGCUUGGUGUGACCGGAUUCUCUG